CAGGCACCCAGGUGCUCCCGCCGCUCUUUUCCCUGGGAUACCACCAGAGCCGCUGGAAUUACCAGGACGAGGGGGACGUGGAGGCCGUGGAGAGGGGAUUCGAGGAGCACGAGCUGCCCAUGGACGUGCUGUGGUUGGACAUCGAGCACACGGACGGCAAACGCUACUUCACCUGGGAUCCCACCAAAUUCCCACGGCCCAGGGAGCUCCUGGAGCGCCUGGGAGCUCGGAAACGGAGGAUGGUGACCAUCGUGGACCCCCACAUCAAGGUGGACGGGGGGUACCGGGUCCACGCCGAGCUCCGCGCCCGCGGCCUCUUCGUCAAGAACAAGGACGGGCACGACUACGAGGGCUGGUGCUGGCCCGGCUCCUCGUCCUACCCCGACUUCACCAACCCCGAGAUGCGCGAGUGGUGGGCGUCCAUGUUCGCCUACGACCAGUACGAG